UCAUGUUCAAGUUUGUGAUCCUCGCAGUUCUGUUGGCUUUCGCCAACGCUGAGCCUGGACAUCUGGGUGUCCCAUUGGUCACCAGUUAUUCUGGUGUUCCAGCCACUUUGGGAUAUCCUGGCUACUCUGGAUUGGCAUAUUCUGCACCAGCAGCUUAUGCACCUGCCGCUUACGCAGCUCAUUAUGGAUAUGCACCAUCAGCAUAUUCAGCAUAUUCUGCACCACUGCCAUACGCUUACGGAAGAUCCAUCCACUACUGAACAAAGACACCCGAAACCUCUUCAGAUUUAA